AUGCGUGAAGGUUUUUCAAGAUAUAAUAAAAUUUAUGAAUUUAAUUACCAAAUUUUUAAUCAAAAAGUACAAAUGAGUUUUACAUCUGUUUCUGGUCAUAUUAUGAAUUGUGAUUUUACAGCGGCGCAUAAUAGUUGGGCACAAGUUGAUCCUGUUGUUUUAUUUGAUGCUCCAGUUCAAAAAAGAGUAACUGAUCGAGCAACUGAUAUUGAAAAAACAUUAAAACGUGAAAUAGUCAAAUGUCAAACAUUAAUUAUUUGGACUGAUUGUGAUCGUGAAGGAGAAAAUAUUGGAUAUGAAAUAAUGAAUGUAUGUCGACCAUUAAAAAAUGGUUUAAAAAUUUGUCGUGCUCGUUUUUCUGAAAUAACAUAUGAGAGUGCUGUACGUGCUCUAUCAAAUUUAAUACAACCCGAUGAACGUAUUAGUGCUGCUGUUGAUGUUCGUCAAGAACUUGAUUUACGUAUUGGUGCAGCAUUUACACGUUUUCAAACAUUACGUUUACAUCGUUUAUUUGGUUUUGAUUCAAAACAAAUUUUUAGUUAUGGUCCAUGUCAAUUUCCAACAUUAGAUUUUAUUGUUGAACGUUAUCUUCAACGUGAAAAUUUUAUACGUGAACCAUUUUGGAAAAUAACUGUUGAACAUCAAACUGAUAAUGGUCAAUUUUGUGAAUUUAUAUGGGAACGUAAUCGUUUAUUUGAACAUCAACCAUGUUUAAUGAUUUAUGAUAUGAUUAUGGAUGAACCAUUAGCUAGAGUUAUGGAUAUUAAAUCAAAAAGAAAAUCUAAAUGA